AUGACAACUGUUCUCAUCUUGACAAUACCCAAUUUUGAGCUUCCAUUUGAAAUUCAGACAGAAGCUUCAGGGGUUGGAAUGGGUGCUGUUUUAGUUCAGAAUGCUAGGCCUAUUGCUUUCAUCAUCCGUAAAUGGAGUCAUUAUCUCAUUGGCCGCAAAUUUAUCAUCAAGACGGACCAACGAAGCUUGCAAUUUCUUAUGGACCAAAGGGUUAAAACGCUGGAACAGCAGAAGUGGAUUUCAAAGCUCAUGGGGUACUCAUUUGAGAUUCACUACUAUCUGAGCAAUUCUAACAAAAUGGCUGAUGCUUUAUCUCGUAGAGAGGACACAAGGGAUCUCACUGCCAUUACCAAGGUUCAGUUCGCUGAUUAUGAUGGGUUAGCCGCUGAAGUGCAAGUUGAUCCGAAGCUACAAGUCAUCUCCUUUUCGACCCCAGUAGUCGUCCUUACUAUCGACUUCGUGAAGGUUGUUUAUUGUUUAAGAACAGGUUGGACUUAUAAAAGAAUAGCUGCUGUUGUGUUUUGGGAGGGUAUUAGAUGGGAUGUGCAGAAAUUUGUUCAAGCAUGUGCCACUUGCCAAGUCAACAAGCACUCUUCCCUCAGACUUGCAGGGUUGUUACAGCCCCUUCCUAUCCCAACCCAAGUGUUUGAUGAUCUUUCAAUGGACAUCAUAGGUGGGAUACCUAGGGCCAAAGGUUAUGAUACUAUUUUUGUGGUGGUCGAUCGACUUACGAAAUACUCUCACUUCCUCUGGUUAGCGCAUCCUUACACCGCCAAAGAUGUCACUAAUGUGUUUACGUGUGAGGUGGUCAAACUUCAUGGCUUCCCACAAUCUAUUGUCUCUGAUCGCGACAGGGAACUUCCGUUAAAUUUAGCUCUGCCUAUCAUCUCCAAACAGAUGGGCAAACGGAGGGAUCCUACCAUUCUUUUAGAGCUCAUUGACUGUCCCUCCUUGGUGGAAGAUGUCAACCGACAGAUUAGGGACAAAAAUGCCAUAUUGGAAGAGCUCAAGCACAAUUUGGCCGUAGCUCAAGAUCAGAUGAAGCAGUCUGCGGAUUCACACCGCAGAAAUGCUCUUUUCAAACCAGGGGAUUUAGUAUACUGA